AUGGCCGACCAGCAACCAUCCAACAUCGAACCCUACAUCCAGCCAGGCAACCCCAUAACGCGGGAACCUCUGGAGAAGAAAGCGGCCAACAAUCUCGCCGAAAACCACUCAUCGACACAAGGGAACCCGAGUGUCCCUUCCGAGCGCCAUCAGGACCAGGGCACCUUCAGCUCCCUCGGCAGCGGUGCACAAAACGGCAGCGGGCCCCUGGACGCUAAGGAGGCGAGAAACACCAGCACCAGCGCCAGCGGGAAUGAAGACAGGCCGCAAAACCCAAAUGUGGAUGCAGAGCAACUAGCAACCCUAUCCGAGGGCAAGGUGGCCGACGCGGUGCAGCGCAAGAGUGGCAUCCAGAAGGCACCCGGUGACAGCGAGGUCAAAUAUGACGACUAUGCAAGUGACUUGGACAGGAAGAAGGCAGAGCAGGCGGCUGCGCGCGACGAGGUCAAGGAGGCACGGAAAGCGGGUUUUGAUGUGGAUGGAGGAUCUGCGGGUGGCAAUGUGAGAGGUGGUGUCCAGGUAGACUAA